CUUUAAGCUUAAAAGCAUUUGGGAGUUUUUCUCUCUAAUUGGGUAUGACCAGAAACUCCCCUAAUCUGCAAAGUUUAAACAGCCCUGGGGAACCCGCCUCUGCUGGGUGGAGACUGAGUUAAGUCCAGAAGUAUUUUUUUCAGGGAACCAGGAGCGCAGCAGCAUGUCGGGGAAGCCCAGGCUUACCUACUUGAAUGGAAGGGGGCGAAUGGAGCCCAUACGAUGGCUGUUGGCGGCAGCCGGCGUGGAGUUUGAAGAGGUUUUUUUGCAAACAAAAGAACAAUAUGACAAGUUAAUCAAAGAUGGAGUCCUGCUGUUCCAGCAAGUGCCCCUGGUUGAGAUCGAUGGGAUGAAGAUGGUGCAGACCAGAGCCAUCCUCAGCUACAUAGCAGGGAAAUACAAUCUCUAUGGGAAAGACUUGAAGGAGAGAGCCCUGAUUGACAUGUAUGUGGAAGGAAUAUCAGAUCUGAUGCAAAUGAUUUUGAUGUUUCCUUUCUCUCCACCUGAUGCAAAGGAGAAAAAUCUUGACUCAAUUAAGGAGAGGGCAACUAACAGAUACUUUCCAGUCUUUGAAAAGGUUUUGAAAGACCAUGGACAAGACUUUCUUGUUGGCAACCGGUUAAGCAGGGCAGAUGUGCAGCUACUUGACAUCAUUUUAAUGGCAGAAGAGUUCAAGCCUGAUAUCCUUGCCAAAUUUCCUCUCUUGCAGAGUUUUAAAGCAAGAAUAAGCAAUAUCCCUGCAAUAAAGAAAUUCCUGCAGCCUGGCAGCCAGAGGAAACCACCAACACCAGAGGAAGAUAUACCCAAAGUGCUGGCAAUUUUCUACUGAGCAGCCUAAAGCCACAGAAACUCUCAUUUCAAUGUGUUUGCUGAUAGUGGCAAAGGGAAAUGAAUGAAAACAGUGAAAAGGUUGUUGAUCUCUCUUUCCUUAGCUACAGCACUGGUUUGAGCCUACUGUUAACACUUCCUAGGGAAAUCUCUACAAGCAUACCAGAAAAUGGAAUAGUUUACUGAUUGGGCGUAUAUUGGACAACACAUGGUAUCUUAAAUGACUAAAGAGAAUACCUGAAAUAAAGUCUUACUAUUGACAC